UGAAGGCCCCGUGACGCCAUCGAGGAGCGCCGGGAGAGUAGUGGCUCCUCCUCCCCCGGGAGUCUCCAGGCCCGGGCCCUGGCCGAGAUGGCGGAGGCUACGGCGUUGGUGUGGGUUCGCGGCCCCGGCCUCGGGUGCAAGGCAGUGCGGUGUGCCUCGGCCGCGUGCUCCGUACGCGAGGUGAUCCACCGACACUGCCAGGAUCAGGACGUUCCGGCAGAAUGCUUCUUCGUGAAGUGCGACGGGGCACUCACGGACACCAAUGACAGAGUGCGGCCUGGCGCCGUUUAUAGUCUGGAACCAAGGCUCCGCGGCGGAAAAGGAGGGUUCGGGUCCAUGCUCCGGGCCCUUGGUGCGCAGAUUGAGAAGACGACCAAUCGAGAAGCUUGCCGCGACCUCAGCGGGAGGAGACUCCGAGACGUCAAUCACGAGAAAGCGAUGGCCGAGUGGGUGAGACAACAGGCCGAGCGGGAGGCCGAAAAGGAGCAGAAGCGUCUGGAGCGGCUGCAGCGGAAGCUGGCGGAGCCGCGGCCCUGCUCGGCCAACCCGGCCUACCAGCGGCAGUGCCACGAGAUGGCCGAGCGCCUGGAAGACUCGGUCCUCAAAGGGAUGCAGGCGGCCUCGGGCAAGGCGCUCUCGGCAGGGAGCGGGGAGAGUCGGAAACGACCCAGCGCGUCGAGAACUGACGGAGGAGCCAGCGCAGGGAAGAGGAGGUGCUUCUGGCUGGGCAUGGAAGGACUGGAGACCGCGGAGUCGUCCAGCUCUGAGACCUCGGAUGACGACGGAGAAGCAGCUCCCAGCACUUCAGGGACGAGCUCCCGCGCUCCCACAAGCAGCGGCGGUGGCGCUGAGCCGGCGGCUGACUCUGCCGGCAGCUCUCCGAGGACUGGCGUGCAGGGUGCAGACUCUAGGCCCCCGGAGCCGCCGCAGGCCCCUGGGACCCGCUCUGGGUGUGCCAGCUCCGCAGACCCCGAGCCGGGACGGACCUCCACCAGGAGGGGUGUGCAGGCGACCAUGGCUGUGGAAACAGAGAAGAGCCGGGAGGAGAGGGGGGCAGGGGGCGAGGAGCCCACAGAAGAGGGGGCAACCGGGGCAGGACUGACUGAGGAGACAGAGGCACAGGACGUGACCGAUGGGGACACAGCUGCCGAGGCCGUGCCCGGAGAGGGCGGGGGAAGUGUGCCAGUGACCAAACCAGAGGAUGGCCCGUCAGGAAACACGGAUGCCGCCGUGGAAACUCUGGACUUGCUGGCGUUCUCCUCCGUGGAGGAAAUGGAGGCGCUGGGCUUGGACGGGCUCAAGACGGCGCUGACGGCCCGCGGGCUGAAGUGUGGGGGCACCCUGCGGGAGCGGGCCGCCCGCCUCUUCUCGGUGCGCGGCCUGGCCCCGGGGCAGCUGGCCCCGGCGCUGCUGGCCCGGCCGCCCAGGGGGAGGAGGAAGUAGUGUCCGGCCCUGAGAGCCUGCGGCCCGGUGGCUCUUGGCCAUCCCUCCUGUUCGCAUUAAAGCCGCCUUGUUAAUGACCCGGUUCCAACUCUCCUUUUGUUCCCUGUUUAUAGAAUGCGAGUGUGAAACCGUCUGGGCCGGAAGUUUUCUUCGUGGGAUGGUUUUUUAUAACCGACUUCGUUUUCUUUAAUAACCGUGGGGCUGUUCAGAUUUUUCGUCGCCUCUCGUGUCAUCCAGGCAGGGUAUAUAGCUCACCCUUGAACUGCACAGGCCUGAAAAGCCUGGGCCCACACGCAUGUGGGUUUUUUUCAACGAAUACAGCGCGGCGCUAUGAAUGUA